AUGAAAAAUUUGUUGAUUUUAACUGAAAGAAUUCCAUUUCGAAGAAUACUAACGAAGAAUGUCAAAGUAGGAACUAAUUUUAAGACGCAAAGAUGUCUUGCAAGCCUUGUUCAAAAGGACGCACGAAAGAACGCGGAAAUUGACUUUACCGCUGAGAAAUACACCCACCUGCAAAGAAAUCCAAAUUUCAGUGAGCUUACACAAGAAGAUAUCUCAUUUUUUCAAAAAAUUCUACCUUCCAAUUGUUUAAUUAUAGAUAAGCAAGAUGAUCUGUUGCCCUAUAACAUCGAUUGGAUGAGAAAAUAUCGAGGAAAAUCAAGAUUGGUUGCCAAACCCCAGACCACUGAGCAAGUCUCAAGAUUGAUCGAAUAUUGCAAUGGUAGAAAAUUAGCUGUUGUACCUCAAGGUGGUAAUACAGGUCUUGUAGGUGGUGGUGUGCCAGUCUUUGAUGAAAUUAUUAUUAGCACUAAUAACCUGAAUAAAAUUAGAUCCUUUGAUCCUUUAUCUGGUUCGCUUGUGUGCGAUUCUGGCUGCAUACUUGAGAAUCUUGAUAAUUAUCUUGCUGAGCAAGGAUACGUUAUGCCUCUAGAUCUUGGCGCUAAGGGAAGCUGUCAAAUAGGUGGUAAUGUGGCAACUAAUGCUGGUGGAUUGAGGUUUUUAAGGUACGGUUCUCUUCACGGAAAUGUACUAGGGUUGGAGGCGGUCCUUCCCGACGGGACCAUUUUAGAUAACCUUGCAACUCUUCGUAAAGACAAUACCGGAUACGACUUAAAGCAACUUUUCAUUGGUUCUGAAGGUACAUUGGGAAUAGUUACUGGUGUUUCGAUUCAAACUCCUCGAAGACCAAAGGCAGUUAAUGUAGCCUUGGUUGGUUUGAGCUCUUUUGAAAAUGUUCAAGAUGCGUUUAUUAAAGCAAAGGAAGAAUUAAGUGAAAUCCUGUCCGCCUUCGAAUUUUGGGAUGCCAGUGCCGUGAAAUUGAUUAAGGAUCAUCUCGUUCAGGGAUCAAGGUUUCCUUUGGAAGACAAUUAUCCCUUCUAUGUAUUAGUUGAAUCCAGUGGAUCUAAUAAGGUUCACGAUGAUGAAAAACUGUUGUGCUUCCUGGAGAACUUAUUAGAGAAGGAUAUCGCCAAAAAUGCCAUCGUUGCACAAGAUGAAACACAAUUCCGAACAAUUUGGUCUAUUCGCGAAGGAAUACCAGAAGCGUGUAGUAAAGCUGGAUCCGUGUAUAAAUACGAUGUAUCCAUGCCAUUGGAAUUUCUGUAUAAGAUGGUAGAGGAUGUGCGUUGCAGAUUUACGGAUGCGGGACUAUAUGGUGAAGACUUGGCCGUAAAUAGCAUUACAGGAUACGGUCACGUUGGAGAUGGUAAUUUACACUUAAACAUUUCUGCAAAAAGCUAUGCCCCUGAAAUCACUGCUUUAAUCGAGCCUUGGAUAUAUGAAUGGAUAGAAAAACAUAAGGGAUCUAUAUCCGCAGAACAUGGUCUUGGACUCAUGAAGGCAAAGUAUUUGGGUUUUUCGAAAUCAAAAUCGAUGAUCGACAUGAUGAAAAAAAUAAAGCAAAUAGUAGAUCCCAAUGGCAUUAUGAAUCCAUAUAAAUUUAUAUCCGAUUAA